GAUCGGCUUUGAGCUGCAGGGGUGUGCCUGUUGAGUAGCUGAUAAGAAAGACCUUGGAAGAAUGGCACUGGUCAAAAGAACUAAUACUCAAUUUGGUGGGAUAUUGUUGGCCUUGGCUGGAUGGAUUCUCUCUUGUGUCACUACUUACGUGCCUUUAUGGAAGCAACUCAACUUAGAUUUAAAUGAGUUGGAAAACUGGACUAUGGGACUCUGGCAAGCAUGCGUUGUCCAAGAAGAAGGUGGAAUGCAGUGCAAGGACUUUGACUCAUUUUUGGCUCUGUCCUCAGAACUCAGGAUUUCAAGAAUCCUUAUGUGUUUAUCCAAUGGUUCAGGGAUGCUUGGUCUGCUUAUCUCGAGUCUUGGUCUGGACUGCCUAAACAUAGGAGGGGAAAAGCAAGAGCUGAAGAAUCGCCUCUUACUACUUGGAGGGGUAAUGCUUUGGAGUUCAGGAUUAACUGCCCUCAUACCAGUGUCCUGGGUGGCUUAUGAUACAGUCCAGGAAUUUUGGGACGAGUCCAUUCCAGAUAUUGUCCCAAGAUGGGAAUUUGGGGAAGCCCUCUUCAUGGGCUGGUUUGGAGGAUUUUUUCUACUUCUUGGUGGCACGCUGCUUGCUUCUUCAUACUGUUUUUCACCCGCUGACCCAAGCAACAUAUGUUACCAGCAAACACGGCAGCAUGGGAAAUGUCUACACAGUGAUCCGAAAUACCCUGAUCUGACCAUUUGAAAACUCUAGGUGUUUGCUUACUGUGAAACAGGCUAUAAACCAACUCCCCUGAUCUUUUGUUAGGUAGAUUAUUUGCAGAUUCAUCCACCUUUCUUCUAAUCCAAGAUUUAUUUAGAUCUGUUAAUGCGGUUUUAAGCUUCACAUAAAAUGAUUAAUGACUCUGUUCACUAAUUGGAAAACACAUUUGCAUUACGUGUUCUCAUAAUAAGCCUGGGGCACAAUUCCAUUUCAAUAGUUUUAAUGAGAUAUGAACUUUUACAUCAUUUGUUGACAUUCAUAGAAUCACAACAGUGCAUAAGAGCAUUGCCAAAGUGUUGCACCAAACAGGCUAUAGCACAGUAAUGCCCUAUCUUGUCUGGAGUUGUCAGGUAUCAUGGGAAAUGUAGUUCAUUAACAUACGGCUUGACAUGUUUAGCUAUCAAAGAUCUAGCUUAUUUAAGUUUAAUGCAUUGAACAUACAAAGAUUAUAUAUUACACAUAUAUUGCAAAAGAGGUGAUGCCCUUAUGUUUGUUUUCUGCCAUUGACAUAGUUUCUUUCACAUCAACUAGAACAAGUUACUCUGGCAAAGAUUUAACAAGUAUUACAUUGUUUUAACAAAUUGGACAUAAAUCUCAGAAUGUAAUAAAUUAAGCGGCAAGUAUGUCAACUUGUGCUAACAGAAUGCAUGUACAAAUGAAUGUGAAAGAGCAGAA